GGAGAGAAGGAGGGCGUGCUCGAUGCCAAGGUAGCAACGUGGCGUGGCAUUUCAUGCGCGACCUCGUAAGCGAAGCGAAGCGGAAGUUGGUGUAGGCGACCCAAGGGAGCAGCUGAACAUUUCGCAGCAGUAUAGCGAUUGAGCUCGAGAAUCGAGAGUCAGGUGUGAAGCCAAGCGAAGCGGCGGAUCGCUCGAGAAAUGUCGAGGAGUAUUGUGCAGCCCGUGGGGCAAAAGCGGCUGACGAAUGUGGCUGUCGUGCGGUUGAAGAAACAUGGCCAUCGUUUUGAAAUCGCCUGCUUCAAAAACAAAGUGCUCUCGUGGCGUUCACGAGUGGAGAAGGAUAUUGAUGAAGUUUUGCAGACACACACAGUUUUUUUGAAUGUUUCGAAAGGAGUCCUUGCCAAAUCUAAGGAGCUCAUUCAAGCCUUUGGUACCGAUGAUCAUGAAAAGAUUUGCCUGGAGAUCCUGGAGAAGGGCGAGUUGCAAGUUGCAGACAAAGAGAGGGAAUCCCAACUCUCAAGCCAGUUUCGAGAUAUUGCGACGAUUGUGAUGCACAAAACAGUAAAUCCUGAGACAGAACGGCCUUACACAAUCAGUAUGAUUGAACGCUUGAUGCGGGAUGUUCAUGUCGCUGUUGAUCCUCACAAGAGCUCCAAGCAACAGGUGUGUUGCUCUCUACUUGGAUACGGCAUGUUCCCUUGUUUUCAGAGUCGCUUUGUUUCAAAUGUUGAAUAUCGAAGUUCUCCGGAAACUUGUGCAGGCCUUAGAAAUCAUUAGAGAGCUAACGAAGCAGUUUCCUAUCACGAGGGCACGUAUGAGAUUGAAGCUGGUAGUAGCUGUGAAUAAAAAGGCGUCUUUGCUUGAAAGGCUAGAGGCUUGGAGUUCAACUAUCGAAAGUGAAGAGGAAGCCAACAAAUUGUUCACUGUGGUGUGUCAAAUAGAACCGGGUCACUUCCGUGAGUGUGAUCUAGUGGUUCGAGAUUACGAUGGGCGGCUUGAGGUUGCCUCUAUGGCUGUCCAGAAGGAAGGGGAUGGGACAGUUGACGAACUUAUUGAUGCCGAAGAUAUCCCUUCGAGCACACCAUCUAAAAUUGGUGCAGAGGAUGCUGGUGAGGCUUCUGUAGUUACGAAGUUCAGCGAAUCAUUUUCACUUGACGGAGCUGUCUUUGGAGGAGUAGGCACUGCAUCUAGAACAAAAUCUGUGGAUGGAACUGGGAUGGAUAGUAAAAGCGCGAAUAAUGUAGCUGUAAUCAAACAGCAAAAAUGCAAUACAUGUAACGCCGAAGUAGGCGAUGCCAAGCAGUAUCGCGAGCACUUCAAAAGCGAUUGGCACAAGCACAAUUUGAAGAGGAAGACAAUGAAGUUGCCACCUCUAUCACCAGAAGAAUGUCUUGCUGAUACUGAUAUUAUCGAAGUAGUAAGUGAUCUAAAUGAAUACUCUCGCUAAGCGUUAUUUACCGUUCUUUCUUCUGUAAAUUUUUUACUUCGUAGCUGCCCUUCGAUGCGGUACAGACACAGAAUGCGCCAGACAGUAGACUAGGACAGCAGUUAUGUAGCUGGUUUUACUUCAUUCCCUACAGAUAUCGAACGUAGACAAUUCGGGACAUGUACUUUACUAUGAGAUUCGUUUUCUUAGUGACACCCUAUCCUUGUGAUAGCUGGGCAAAUUUUGAAGACUUCCAGUGUGUUCCAUCUUCCAUGAUGUAAUUUGCCGAGGUUCUGUAGUCAUGGUUGCUUAAAUAAUUAAGAACGAUUUUCUUGGGAA